AUGAAGCAGGCGCAGCCCUCCUCCUCUUCUUCCUCCUCCAGGAGGACGGAGAUCCAGCACAUUUUCGACCACUACUCCUCCGGCGAGGACGGCCUGCGAGCCACCGGCCUGCUCCAGUUCCUCCAAAGGGAGCAAGCUGAGCCUGCAGCCACUGACUCCAUGGCAGACAGUUUGAUCGACAAGUAUGAGAUUGAUGAGACAGCACGGACGAACAAGACCAUGACGUUCCAGGGUUUCCUGCGGUAUAUGGAGUCCAAGAACUGCUGCGUGUUGAACCAGGAGCACACACGCGUGUACCAGGACAUGGGUCACCCGCUCUGCCAAUACUUCAUCUCCUCCUCCCACAACACCUACCUGACUGCUGACCAGCUGGUGGGCAAGAGCCACCUGUUCGCCUACGUCAGCGCACUGCGGAGAGGGUGCCGCUGUCUGGAGAUUGACUGCUGGGACGGCUCUGACGCGGAGCCCGUGGUGUACCACGGCUACACGCUGACCAGCAAGAUCCUCUUCAGGGACGUCAUCGCCACCAUCGAGCAGCACGCUUUCGAGGUCUCCCCCUAUCCUGUGAUCCUGUCCCUCGAGAACCACUGCAGCCCACCCCAGCAGCAGGUCAUGGCCCAAUAUCUCACCUCCAUCCUGGGCGAUAAGCUCCUGAGUGCCAGCCUGGACCCAGCCGCCCCCGAGGAACUGCCCAGCCCACAGGAGCUGCAGUAUAAGAUUUUGAUAAAGAACAAGAAGCUGAGCCCAGGCCAGGAGAAAGAGCAAGGGGCAGGCAAAGACAGGAAAGAAGAGCAGGGUGAGGAGGGAGAAGGGAGAGAGGAGGAGGAGGACAGUGAGGAGGAGGAAGAGGACAAUAUCUUCCGCAUAAAAUACAGCUUACUGUUACUCUGUCCCCCAAACUCACAGAAAGGGAAAGUGAAGGUGGCAGUGGAGCUGUCCAGGCUGGUCAUCUACACCAAGUCGGUGAAGUUCAUCAGCUUCAGCCACUCCAGGGAGAAUCAGCACUUCUUCGAGAACACCUCCCUCGUGGAGAAGAAGGCACGCAAGCUCACCAAGGUCUCAGGCCCGGAGUUUGUGCUCCACAACGCGAGCUUCAUAAGCAGGAUCUACCCGGCCGGCUCCCGCACCCUGUCCUCCAACUACAACCCCCAGGAGUUCUGGAACGUGGGCUCCCAGCUAGUGGCACUGAACUUCCAGUCCCUGGGUCUGCCCAUGGACCUCAACAACGGCCGCUUCCAGGACAACGGAGGCUGUGGGUACGUCCUGAAGCCGCACUUCCUGAGAUCCCGCGAGACGACCUUCGACCCCAGUUCCCCCCUGCCUGAUCUGAAGCCUGCACAGCUACUGAUGAAGGUGAUCAGCGGGUCAAACCUCCCUGUUUCCAAGACCAGCAAGGCUCCUGAUCUCUACGUGCGUGUGGAGAUCCACGGUGUCCCAUCAGACAAUUGCAGGAAGAAGACUGACCCCGUCAAACGCAACUCCCUGAACCCUCGGUGGGACGCCUCCAUGAGCUUCACCAUCAGCGUUCCCGAGCUGGCCUUAAUCCGCUUCACCGUCAGAGACCACAGCGUCCGCACCGGCAACGACUUCGUGGCCCAGUACACACUCCCCUUCAGCAGCAUGAAGAAAGGUUACCGCUGGGUGCCCCUUCUGUCUCGGGAGGGGCAGAAUCUGGAUCCAGCCUCGCUCUUCAUCUUUGUGUGGUAUUCCUAA